CGCAAAAAUCCAAUAAUUUUUGCUCAUUUCCUCCACUUUCGGAGAGCUAAACCCAAAACCAAGACCAGACCCAAUCUCCCCUCAACAAAAGCGGCCUUUGCUGAGAUUUUGGGGCGAUUUGGAGCAAUUUUUGUCCGAUGAAGUCGCUGGCAACGAGGCUCCAACGAGCUUCUGACCAAGCUCCGUCGACCUCCUCUAGUAUGUUUUCGGUUGAUUUUUCACCUUCCUCGUCCUAUCCUCUCCUCUCCUCACCUCCCUACCCUUCCUACUUGAGUCUCCAGGUUAGUUUUCAGCUCUACCUUAUUUAUUUUGGGAGAAUCGGAUUAGGUAGUGAAGUGAGGAGAAUUAAUUGAAUGUUGAACUUAGCGUUAGGGCCAAGAAUUAGGCGAAUUAGGGUGAUUGAAUGAUGUUGCUUGAGCUUAGUUGAACCUUGGUGGGCAUAUUUUGAUUCGAAUUGCUUUUAUUUAUGAAAUUUGCCCGAGUGCUAAUUUUUGAAUGAUGAGAAAUGUUUUGCUUGAGUGGUGGUUGGUAGCCACCGUGGCAUGGUUCGGGUUUGAAUUUUUGUGUGGGAUAAUCCGUGAACACCUAGAACCAUGCCUCGGUGUGCUUAUGCUUAAUUAUUUUGAUUAGCAUGGAUCCGUACAGGAAAAAUAAGUGUGGGGAGGAUUCCUUUUUCCUCCCAAUGAUUGAGAUUGACAAUUAUUUCCACGUAUGGUGCAUGUUUGUCGAUUUUGCAGGAUGCUGAACGUGGAGCACGAGUACAAAAGCUACUUGGUGAACCAUGCUAGGUUGGGGACGAAGUUAGCCUAUCAUAUGGACAACCCAAUUGGGCAACAUUGGCGACUGGACUUGGACAUGUUCAACCUAUUCAGGUGCCGAUCUGCGAUGUCAGGGGUCGCCUAUCACCCCAGUGGUGCCAGCUGCUGUCAUUGGACUAGCUCAUCUACCACGACCUCCACGUGGAGUUCUACUCCACCUUCGCCCACGUCGCCCCGACAAGCAAGAAGAGUCGGCCCUACAUGGAGUUUAUGUUGGGCGGUUAAUCGCGGGUGAUGACCUAUGAUGCCUUCUCCCAGGCCAUGGGGCUCGACACUUCAUACAUGAUGAUGACAGAGCGGCAGUACACCGUUGAUUUUCACUACCAGGCCGCAUUUCAGGCCCUCUGCCGCCCCGAGCAUGAGCAAGAGGAGUUCGUGGCUGGCCGCACCAAUGAGGUGAAGCUGAGGAUCCCGUACAGAAUCAUGCACACUCUGCUCAUCCGAUCCGUCGUGCCCAGCUCGCAGUUAUGCCACCUACUCACGAAGAGAGGGUUGCUUGAUCUCUUUUCGAUGAGGCAUCCAACAGAGCCGAUCCACUUGGGAUCUCUGAUAGCCACCUCUUUCGCUCAGUGUUUGGGGCGGAACAGGGUGGACACUAUGCACAUCGUGGGCAUCAUCACCAGGCUGGCCCGACACUUUCAGGUGGAUCUAGAGCGGUGCUCCAUCAUUGGCAGGACAGAGCCCAUCCCAGUGGCGACUCUCUACAACCAGAAGCUAGUGCUUCAGGUAGAGUGGGGGGUAGAGUACCUUAAGGGGCUCCGACCCUCAGGAGUCAUGAGACCACUAGUUUACCCAGCUUUAGUGGAUCCAGAUGCAGAGGGACCACCUCCAGAGUACCAACCUACUCGAGCUCUCGACCGCCACCGGCGUCCCGCGCUCUAGCGCCUAGUACCACCAGCAGCACCAUCCGGUUCCGGCUCUUCCACUUAAGGGGAGCCCCUAGUGGAGAGGAUGGACUGUCUAGAGACCCACAUCGAGCGAACUAGCUGGUUAAGAUAGUAAAUAAAGAUAAAAGCAGGUACUUCGGGGAACUAUCACUCACCCUAGCCUAGGUCUACUAUGCAAUGUCUAGAUAAGUAGGAUUUGUCGAAUGUGGUGAGUGAGCUCAUUUUCGUGGGCUUUCGUGGUUAUCCACAAGCCUCCAAGUAUGCCUCCCAUAAAUCCAUGUCAGUCACCUCGAUCUAGGCUAUCUUAUCUAGAGCAUUAAGAUCAUAGCUCAUUUCAAAGGCUACUACCCACUGUCCACACCGAGGUUUUAUCUCGGCAACUGUCUAGGAAGGCAUUCAUAUGGCAAGGGUACGAUCUCCUCGUCCACCAUAAGAUCUUAUUCAUACAUCUAACCUCAAUUUUCCUGAUGGCGCAUACCCGUCUAACCCUAAAACUCCAUGCCCAACUCUUUCUCAAUUCUCUUAGCACUCCAGUCACCCAACUCUUUCUCGUCCCAUUAGCACUGUGCCGCCAAACCCAAUUGUAAUCACUAAGCCCUUCCAGUCAUCUCCUCAUCCUCGCUAGGAAUGGCAAUGAUCAGGUCCGGGUGGAUAUCUCAAUACCCAUAUUUGUCCCAUGCCAGGUCGGGUUCCAUUCGUGUAAUUUAUCAUGGGGCGCAGGUUCUGGCUGGUCAACUCAUGGGUAUGGAAAUUAUAUGAAAUCAUUAGAAGACAAAGAAACAAACCAUAAUAUAAUAAAUACAGUUAAAUUAUUCAAGAAAUUAAGAUUUUGACUUAUUUAUAAAUUUUUUAUAGGUAAAAUAUGAGGUAAUAAAAGGUUGAGAAUGGG